AAUCAUCGGCGAGAACAAUUAGGGUUUUUCUCUUUGAUCCCGCCGCCACUUUCGUCCCCCUCUAUAUAAAUCGUCCACGAUUCGCAUCUCCUUGAUGGCGAUAUCUUACAAUGCAUUAGCACAGUCUCUGCCGGGGAGGAGUAGCUUCUUCGUCCCCAAAGCCUUGUGCAUCAAGCAGAGAAGCAGAUCCACUGUCGUAUUCGCUUCUAAUGACAAGAACAUUAUUGCUCUUCAAGCUAAGGUAAGUUUUUUUUGCUGCUGUAACUUGUUGAUUGAACCAGACAUUGUCAGGUGGCUACUCUUUAAUACAUGUCGGGUAAAGAAAACAGAGAGAAGGUAGAUACUUUGUUGGACCGCAUAAAAUGGGAUGAGAAAGGAUUAGCUGUGGCUAUUGCACAAAACGUUGACACUGGAGCAGUAUUAAUGCAAGGCUUUGCUAACCGAGAGGCUCUAUCCACAACCCUCACUUCUCGUAAAGCUACGUUCUUCAGUCGAUCAAGAUCUACCUUAUGGACUAAGGGAGAGACAUCCAAUAACUUCAUCAAUGUCCUCGAUGUUUAUCUUGACUGCGAUCGUGAUUCGAUAAUUUACCUUGGAACACCUGAUGGGCCUACUUGUCACACAGGGGCAGAGACUUGUUACUAUACAUCAGUUUUGGAUCAAUUAAACAAUGAUGAGGCUUCUGGAGAGAAGCUAGCAUCAACAACAUUGUACUCGCUAGAAUCAAUCAUUUCAAAGAGGAAGGAGGAAUCAACAGUUCCUCAAGAAGGCAAACCGUCAUGGACCCGUCGGUUAUUGACCGAUGAUGCUCUGCUUUGCUCAAAGAUCAGGGAAGAAGCAGACGAGUUAUGCAGAACGCUUGAGGAUAAGGAGGAAGUAUCAAGAACAGCAUCAGAGAUGGCGGAUAUGUUGUACCAUGCGAUGGUGCUUCUGUCUAAAAGGGAUGUCAAGUUUGAAGAUGUACUUGAAGUUCUUAGGAAACGCUUCUCUCAGUCUGGGAUCGAGGAGAAGCAAAGCCGUUCAAAGUGACCGUUUAAACUUGUUGUAUUUGCGAGAAUUUUAACGAUUCCACUGCUCUUAUCAUGGAGGUUUUGUACAUUGCAAAAUCGGAAAUAAAUUGUAACGUGUUAUGAAUA